GACUAAUGAGAUUAAAAACCGGGAGAUGGCGACAAGGCAACAAGUGGAGCUCCAGACGAGCAGCAGUGAAACCCCAAAAGAAGAAGCUUAACGCACCGUAGACCCGCCAGGACAACAGUUACACCGGAUCGAUCCCGCUGCUUCGCCUUCUUUCCUCAUCCACCGUUGAGCUGCUCAUCCCUGACACCAUGAAGUCUACCACAGACCUGGGCCGGGUGCUGUGCAUCAUCACCGGCGCCUCCAGAGGCUUUGGCCGGGCGGUGGCGAAGGAGACAGCCCGACUGGUGAAGCCGGGCUCGGUGCUCGUGCUGGCGGCCCGCUCCGGUGACGACCUGCGGGCUCUGCAGGCGGAGCUGUCCGAGUCAGAGGCAGGCAGAGCGGGCCUCAAGGUGGAGAUCGUGGUGGAAGACAUCGGACAGAUGGAGGGACUGGAAAGCAUCAUCAGAACAUCCAAAAAAGCCUUUUCUGAACACAUAGACCACGUAAUGCUGGUCAACAACGCCGCCUCUUUGGGUGAUGUGUCCCGUUACGCUCAGAGUUUCACUGACAUGGCUGAGGUGGACUCUUACUUGUCUCUGAAUGUCAGUUCGACCCUCUGCCUCACCGCCAGAGUCCUGCAAGCUUUUCCUCAGCGUCUAGGUCUGCGGCGGACCGUGAUCAACAUCACAUCACUGUGCGCCCUGCAACCUUUAUGCUCCUGGGUGCUGUACUGCACUGGCAAAGCUGCCCGAGAGAUGAUGUUCAGGGUGCUGGCUGAGGAGGACCCGAAUCUCCGGGUGCUCAACUACUCUCCAGGUCCUCUAGACACAGCCAUGCAGGUGGAGGCCAGAUCCAGAACAGCUGAUCCCAACAUCAAGAAGUCGUUUUCAGACAUGUUUUCUCAGGGUCAGCUUCUCACCUGUGAGGCAUCCUGUACCAAGAUGAUGAAGGUGCUGCUAGAAGAUAGCUACACAUCAGGAGCUCACAUUGAUGUGUACGAUGUGUAGAAUCACUGUUGAUCUCUGCCAUCAUGCCUUGUUUCUUCAGACUUCAGUUGUCCAGUCCAAUAAACAACACCAAACAAGAGUCAACAGCAGAAUCAGCUGUUUGGCAGAGAAGAUCUGGACAGUUUUUCAUGGACACAACCCACAUAUUUAACUCUGCUGCUCAUCCCACAAAUAUAUUUCCUUCCAAAUAGGGUUCCAUUUAAAAGAAAAAUAAACAGACUUCCAACAGUGAAGAUUCAUUGUUACAACAAAAAGUCCAUCAAAUAUUCAUUUAUUGACUUUCUGAGUAGUUUAUUUUAAUUUUUUUUCUGUAUACACUGAAUGCCAAAAAUUGGUUUAAAGGAGCAGUGUGUAACAAAUUAAAGGUCAAUAUCAGAAACAUAAUCUAUCAUUAAAAAUAGUGUUUCUGUUGGUGUCUAAUGACUUAACUAAUUUGUGUUUUUAUUCUCUUAGAAUGAACCAUUUAUAUCUACUUGUCAUGGGUCCAUAUAUAUGGCAGCUGCCAUAUUUGUGCCACCAUUUUUACUACGGUGUCUCUAAUGGACAAACAACCUCUGAGCUGCCGUCCUGUGAGGGGCUGUAUUUUGAAUUAAUUUCUAGGGCCAUCUUUACAACUAUACAUUAGUAAUUCUUACACACUGAACCUUUAAAUUUAAUUAAUAAAAACUGCUUCAGAAAAAAUCUUAUUUGUUGUUUCUGGAGCAGUCAGACAGUUAUAAUCUAAUUAUCUGUAGUUUAUUUCUACUUUCUGUUUGCUAACAGCCUAUAUUCGUCAUUGUGCUCCGGUCAUUUCACUGAACAGUGCUUCACUUGUCAUAAAUUUUAUUAUGUUUUGCAGCAAGUAUAAUAUUAUUAUCAUUGCUGUUAGUGGUCAAUUUACUACACUUGUGCAGAUCUUUUCUAGUCUUUUUGACCCCUUGAAGUCCUUUUACACAUUCAUACUCCUACAGCACUUCCUACUCUUCAAUCCAACCGUGACGAGACGUUCAGUAUCUUUUAUUCAUCAUUUAAACAUCUGUCGUUUGUAGGUCUUAAUUAAUUAAAUUGUGAGAGUAGAGAGACAGGAAAUACAAGGAGAAAAAGGAAGAUCCAGCAAGUAUCAAAUACUUCAAGCUGAGGUUAUUACCACAACACCAACAGAUAUCAAACACCUGUCACAGCAGAAGCAGAGGUGUAAAAGGACGAUUAGCAUGCUAACUGUAGCUUUUUCUAGCUUUUUAGUAACUAAUGGGUACUACCCCAUGAAACCUGAUGUCUUUAAACUUUCAGCACUAUCAGACAAAGAUGUGGGGAUUAAUUUAUGACAUCUGACUUUAUGCUUUAUUCUUUCAUUUUAAAACUACUUCUGUCAUACCAGCUGUGGCUUUGCAGUGAUAUGUCUUUAAUACAUAAUCUCUAUAGUUCUUCAGUGUGUAUCUCUGUUCUGAAUGAAUCCAUUCAUUAUGACAUUACUGCUGUUGUUUGUGACUUAGGUUAGAAAGUACAGAUUCAUUCUCUUUAAUAAUAAUGUUUUGAUUUUAGGGUCCUUUACUCUGAUGCUUUUCAUGAGUAGUGAUAUUAAGUAAUUGUAAUAUCUGACAUAUUAUUGUGGAGGUUUUAGUAAGACAGAAUAUUUUAAUUUCCCACUCAGUGUAUUUUCAAAUAUUCCUCAAUAUACAUAUUUAGAUAUAUUUUAUAUAAGUAAAUUAGACUUAAUAAUAUGUAUGUGUUUACCUGAAGCUGUUAUCCAAACAUUUUUGUAAUAAUUUUGUUUUUAUAUGGCUGUAUAAAUGACAGAAAU